UCCAGCUCGCACGCAACGCCGUCGCCGGUCAACGAGUCAACUGGCCAUCUCACCGGCUUUCACGAUCUCUCUGGAGAGAUUAGAAACACAAUCUACCGCAUGUCGCUCACCAAGGACAAGUCAAUCUCAAUUGUCCGCCUUUUGAUUCACAAUUUGGGCACCGCGCCGCCAGCUCUGCUUCAAGCAAGCAAAAGCAUCCGCCAGGAGGCAUCGCAGAUCUACUAUCUGGAAAACACUUUUUGCUUCGUCGACAGUGCUCUUCAUGCCAACGCCGUUGAUCACUUCUUCCUUCAGGUCGGCAAGCUCUGGCCCAAAUUUUUACAAGUCGAAAUCUUCCGCACC